CAGGGGUUUAAUAUGCGGUUGCUGUUAAGCAAAUCCAGUCUUCAUUGAGCCAUCAUUGUCGAAUAAUGAUAAUGGUUCUUACCAUUCGUUCUUCUAGAUCGAAUGUGGUCUCAAGCUAGCUGGAGGUCAAAAUUUUCAUGGCAGAAUUAUGAAGACAUUGAAACAUAACAACACGGGAGAAUAAUUCGAUGGCAUUACAUGGAACAGAAGAUGCGUUGACACUGAAAUACUAUUAUUAUAGUGUAUUAUAGUUAUUCUGAUGCGGCGUAUUGAAUAGUACCUGUUAAACAUGGAUAUGUUAUCAUUUAUCAGAAAAGGAAAAAAGAAUGGAUAUGUUACAGCAAGACAAGACUUCAUCAGUGAAUUUUUACUGAAAUACAUGUCUCCAAAUGCGGCAGUGAAGUUCAUGGAAAAUCUUAGAAGUAAAAGAAAACAUAGUGCACUUGCUUGCUCGAUGGAUGUAUUAAAGGGUGAGCAAUGAAGGAGUAUAGUAAAGGGAAGUUUCAACUCAUGUUUUAUAGAAAACACGCUUAUACUAGAUAAUGCAUUUCCCUGACACACUGUUUUCGUCCUUCUCACACUCUGUAGAUGAAAGGAAAUGACCUGAGUUUAAAAAUGGUUAAUUCUCAUUUUCGAUUCAUUUUCUCUUUUAAUCCUGGUUUUCUUAUUUCAAUGCCGUUGAUUUGAAAGAAGAUAGAAGCACACCCUUACUAACAAUCCUGGACCAGAAAUUACAAUUAAUUACAAUUAAUCAGGAAAGGACUAAAAUUACAAACCGGACGAGAAAACAUUCGGAUAGACUUCAGUAACCAAAUCUUUCUUUUGUAAUUAACGUACAAUCCUGGCAGGCAUGCGUUGAAGAGUUAUGUGCAUUACUUCCAUUUUCCUAUUUGGUUGGGUUUGGGGGUUGGGAAGCCUUAUAUCUGAUCAACCCCUAACUGCAUAACCAAAUUCUCAAUUGGCAUUUCACUGUUAAAAAGGCUAUUGUUCAUACACAAGGGUUUUUUAUCUCUAUUAUUUUGUCAGAGUAAUUACCAUGCACAUUCCUGUUUUUUCUGUUCUGUCCGAUUUUCUUGUUACACAUUUUUUAGUAACUGUAAGUGAGCUGUUUUUAAUAAUUUAAAAAAAAAUAAAGUUAACACAGCCAGAGAACAAGGUUUUAUAGAAAAUACCAUUAUCUAACAUUCGAAUAUUUACUCUAUUAUUUGAUCAACUCAUGAUACUUAUUUUGUAGAAAACAUCCAUGUUUCUGUUCCAUAUUCCAUUCUAACACAUGAAUUAUCUCACAUUUAUAGAAUUAUGAAUGCUUUACAGAAUUACAAUGCUCUAAGCUUUGAUGACGAGAUCCUCGAUGGUUUUUAUGAUCUGUAUGGGAUCAUGACAGAGUCCAAUUCCUCAAAAAUGCCCUCCCUUGUUGAUCUACAAAGAACACCGGUAUCAGACCAGAUCGCUUGGGAAGCUAUCCUUGUUAAUAGAGCUGCGGACUCCAAGCUGUUGAUGCUAGAACAGAAAGCUCUAGAGAUAUCUGUCAAGGUCAGGUCAGAAUCCAUAGGUUUUACAGGUGGCAAUUUGGUUCAGACGCUUGCUAUGCUAGUUUCUGAACACAUGGGCGGUCGAGUUGGUGAUCCUGAAAGCAUGUUAGUAGCAUGGAGAAGUCUUAGUUAUAAUCUAAAGGCCACUUUUGGGAGCAUGGUUUUGCCUCUCGGUUCUUUGACCAUUGGACUGGCUCGUCAUCGUGCUUUGUUAUUCAAGGUUUUGGCUGAUUGUGUGGGGCUCCCGUGCCGAUUAGUAAAGGGGCAAGAAUACACAGGUUCAGAUGAAGUUGCAAUGAACUAUGUAAAGAUUGAAGAUGGAAGGGAAUAUAUUGUUGAUUUGAUGGCAGACCCUGGCACCCUUAUUCCCUCUGAUACAUCUGGAACACAAGUAGACUAUGAGGAAUCUAUCCUCUCCAUCAGUCCAUCUUACAAAGAUGUUGAUUCUCAUAUGGGUUCUUCUAGUAGCGGGGUUGCUUGUUCGUCAGAAGAUCAUUCUGAGUAUGGAACGGCAGAGAGGAGAUCCAGGUUCAGGGAAAGCAGCACAGAAAAUGCGUCUCCCUCUUCUAGUAAUAAUUCAGAAAAGCAGAUUAAAGCUGAGAAAGGAUGCAAUAACUCCUCUAAGGAAUUUACAAAGCUUCGGACCGUGAAGAAGGGACAAAGACAGGAAACUUCACCCGGGACUGGGCAUGCAAGAUCUCCUUAUACACAUGCAAGGUCACCUUCCUGGACUGAAGGUGUUAGCUCCCCGGCUGUACGGCGAAUGAAAGUUAAGGAUGUUUCACAGUACAUGAUUGAUGCUGCUAAAGAGAAUCCACAGCUAGCUCAAAAGCUUCAUGAUGUUUUACUUGAAAGUGGGGUUGUUGCACCACCAAAUCUGUUCACUGAAGUCUAUACAGAGGAGUUGGAUGUGUCCCCUGUGGAGGGAAAAUCUGGGCCAGAGGAUAUGGAAAGUAAGGGGAGCGAUGAGAUUGAGAAAAACAAGAGUCAAGCUGAUCUAGAUCGUAAUAGUUUCUUGCCUCCUUUGCCUUAUCAUGGUAUGUCCAAGGCCAAUCCCCUUAGGCCAUUUGAUCCUCAUCUUGAUGGCGGAGAAGUUAGUGGGCAUCAAGUUUCUCCACACUCUGAACUGGCUGCAGUGAAAUUCACAAAAAGCAUGCCUGUUGCUGCAGCUGCUGCGGCAGCAGCAGCUGUGGUUGCCUCUUCAAUGGUGGUUGCUGCAGCAAAGACCACAUAUGGUUCAAAAGCUGAUCUCCCUGUUGCAGCUGCUGUGACAGCCACAGCUGCAGCAGUGGUAGCAACAACUGCAGCUGUCACUAAGCAAUACGAAAACCUGGAGCCGUCUGCUCAUUCACCAGAUAGUCCUGCAUUCUUCCUUAAUUUAAUAGACUCUGGAAGAGUUGAUGGAGAUGCAGAUGGUGCUGUGUAUGAGCAGCGGGGUAGUGGUGAUCAAGUGCAUGAGGCAUUAGGAGUGAAUUCUGAGAGUGAAAGAAUAUCAGAUAGGUCAACCAGUAAUGAUAGUGUUAAAUCUGAUGUGACCCUUGAUGAUGUCGCAGAUUGUGAGAUUCCAUUCGAGGAUAUCACCUUGGGUGAGCGUAUCGGACUUGGAUCUUAUGGAGAGGUCUAUCGUGGAGACUGGCACGGAACUGAAGUCGCUGUGAAGAAAUUCAUAGACCAAGAUAUAACUGGUGAAUCCCUUGAAGAAUUUAAGAGUGAGGUGAGGAUCAUGAAAAGACUCCGGCAUCCUAAUGUAGUCCUGUUCAUGGGUGCUGUUACUCGUCCUCCAAACCUUUCAAUUAUUACCGAGUUUCUUCAUAGAGGUAGUUUGUACAGAUUAAUUCAUCGGUCCAACAAUCAGUUAGAUGAACGGAGAAGAUUGAGGAUGGCUCUUGAUGCUGCUCGAGGGAUGAACUAUCUACACAAUUGCACUCCUAUGGUAGUUCAUCGUGAUUUGAAGUCUCCAAAUCUCCUUGUGGAUAAGAACUGGGUUGUGAAGGUAUGUGAUUUUGGGUUAUCGAGAAUGAAGCAGAGCACCUUUCUUUCUUCAAGGUCAACUGCUGGGACGGCCGAGUGGAUGGCCCCAGAAGUGCUGAGAAAUGAGCCUUCAGAUGAGAAAUGUGAUGUAUAUAGCUAUGGUGUCGUGCUUUGGGAGCUCUGUACUCUGCAGCAGCCAUGGGGGGGAAUGAACCCCAUGCAAGUUGUUGGUGCAGUUGGAUUUCAGCAUCGCCGUCUUGACAUACCAGAUGACAUGGAUCCUGCUAUUGCAGACAUCAUCAGAAAAUGCUGGCAAACAGAUCCAAAGUUGCGGCCAUCAUUUGCUGAGAUAAUGGCUGCUUUGAAACCACUGCAAAAACCUAUAACCAGUUCACAAGUAAUGAAACCACUGGGGAACAGAGGUCAAGAAAAGGAUCGGUCAUAAAGAAACUUGGAUAAUCCAGCAGCACAACAGGUUUAGGACAGAAGGGAAACGGAAUUUUUAUCUUUUAUUGGAAAUGAAGACAGGUUCAUAUUUGCUCAACCCUAAACUGAAGGAAGCCAAAGGAUCUGUUAACAAGACAUAUACUUCAUAUUGAGUCAAUUGUGAUUCUUUUUUCUUACUUUUGUUUUCUGGUAGUUGUCAACCCACAGUCCUCAAAGUUGUGUAUUUUCUCUCAUGUAUAUUCAUUUUUGGGAUCUCUUUGUAAUUAAAGAGUGAUUGAGAAUACUUUCAUCAAAUACUGAUGCCGAAAGAAAAGCAAUGAAAUUGAGAUGGUUGAUUAUCCA